AUGGAGAUGAGCAGGGACAAAGUCGGAGACGUCAGGAAGUACACCUGGGCUCAUAAAUCCCAGCGCCUUAGCGAGCCCCAGCAGCGGCCGGUGAGGACCAUGGUGACCCGCAGCCAGCGCAGCCCGGACCCCGGCCUGCUGUGCGGCCUCCCGGCGGAGCUGCUGCACAUGCUGCUGGACACACUCUCAGUGCUGGAGAUCAGCGUGUUCAGUAUGGUGUCAAAGGAAAUGGCUGGUUACGUUGUGGACUACAUCUCCUCCAUGGCCUGGAAGAAUAAAAACAUCGUCUCCAGCUUUCACAACAACAUGUACCUUGAACAGAGAUGCACUGUUCAACACUACAGGGAGCUGGGCUUGUUGUUCAAGAGGUGCACCUUGCUGCUACCCACAAAGGAAAGGUUAAAGUUUGUCUUUUGCAUGUUUUCUCAGGUUCCCUGUUUCGUGUUGGAGCAGUGCAUUGCACCACACUGCGCCGGUUUCUCCAGGUAUGGCGCCUUCCUCAAGACUCUGAUUGCAGGAUGGGAUGAGCUGGAGUGCUACAGAGUGUUCAACUUUUUGUGCGACUUCACAAACCUGUUGCAGAAGACUGAAGCAGUAAUUUCUGCAAAACCAGGGGUGAAGCGAUUCCAAGAGCUGCAGCUGCGACUCUUCUGCCGUCAGGUUCUGUUGGACUCGUGGCAGAACGAAUCAGAAUGCCAGUUCUGGCUCAUACAGCUACUAAAGCCCUGGCCCAUGGUCAGUCAGGCCCACCUGCUGUUUAUCCUGUACGGACCGUUGCUGCCUGAGGGCGCCCUCGGCUGGCAGGCUUUGGUGGAGCGGGGUCUGCCCCACGGCGCUCUGUGGGACAUGGCUAAAGCCAUCCUCAUGCUUUUUGGCAAAGUUGAAGUCAAAGGCUGGACCACUGACUCGAUGCUGGUGAUCAUUGAGGAGCUAAUCGCCGUUCCUGAACCGUGGCAUGUGGAGAAUGUGGCUCGCCUUUUGGUGCUGUGUGGCAGCCGUCUCUGCUACACGGUCCUGGCCAGCAAGGCCCUCGGUGGACGAGUCUCUGAGAUCUCAACACUCUUUAUUUACAUCAUACUGGUUUGUGAGAAGGACGGCUAUCACAUGAGCUGGGCUGUGAAGCUGGUUCAGCAGAUCUGCAAAGUCUUCACCUCAACGCCUGAAAAGUUCUGCUUCAUCCAGCAACUGGAAAACAAGUUCUCAGAAGUCACCAAGGAAUUCUUGGACUCUAAUUUAACAGGGAACCACUUUGAAGAUGCAGAGACGUUCCACACCCUGAGCAUCCUUCUGGACUCCAGCGCUCAUUUCCACACCAAAUUACUCCACAUGCUGCUCAAAUAGGAAUUACGCAGAUUACGAGUGACAAGAUUUGCAACAGUUGGGACGCGAGGAGACAAACUCCAGUUAGUGAAGGGGUUUACCAAAGAAGUGGAAAAAAGUGGGAUGAACCUUCAAACUG